AAGCAGAACCUGGCCGGCGAGUCUGUGGACCUGCACGUGUGGCGGAAAUGCUCCGUGAGCAACUGCAUCACUGGAGCCAAGGACCAUGCGUCCAUCCAGAUGAACGUGGCCCAGGUUGACAAGGUCACCAGCAGGGUUAACAGACAGUUUAAAACCUAUGCCAUCUGGGGGGCCAUUCGCAGCAUGGGUGAGUUAGAUGGUUCUAUUCUACGACUAGCAAAGGCUGAUGGCACCGUAUCAAAGAACUUCUGA